GUGUGCUGGGAGCAGGGCAGGCAUGCGCCGAGCGGGAAUGAGGAAGUGAAGCACUUGCUGCCACUGGAGGGUGUGCACAGAAGUUUGAGAGCAAACAGGAGGGGGAAAAACCCUCAAUCUGUCGGAACUACUCUUCUGGGCUUAUCGUAUGUGUUGUUCAUGGAGCUUCCCAGGCAGAGGUUAUGUUUCACACUAUGUGCUGACUGUCUGUACUUACAGAAGAUAUUUAAAAACAAACAGACUUUUUUUUCCCAAGAUUUUGAUUCCAGUGGAAUCUGUGCUUUAGAUUUUUGUCUUGUCGAUUAACUCCUGAAGCAAUGCCUGUACAAGCUCCACAAUGGACGGAUUUUCUCUCCUGCCCAAUUUGCACACAGACGUUCGACGAAACCAUCCGGAAGCCCAUCAGCUUGGGUUGCGGCCACACCGUCUGCAAGAUGUGCCUCAACAAGCUCCACCGUAAGGCAUGUCCCUUCGACCAGACCACUAUCAACACAGACAUUGAACUCCUCCCUGUGAACUCGGCCCUGCUGCAGCUAGUGGGUGCUCAGGUUCCUGAGCAGCAGCCAAUUACUUUAUGCAGUGGAGCUGAAGACACCAAGCAUUAUGAGGAGGGCAAGAAAUGUGUGGAAGAAUUGGCAUUGUACCUCAAACCACUCAGCAGUGCCAGAGGUGUGGGUCUCAACAGUACUACGCAGAGCGUGCUGAGUCGUCCCAUGCAGAGGAAACUUGUGACAUUAGUCCACUGCCAGCUGGUGGAGGAGGAAGGGCGGAUCAGAGCCAUGCGAGCAGCACGGUCACUGGGCGAGAGAACAGUCACAGAGCUCAUUCUCCAGCACCAGAACCCUCAGCAGCUCUCUUCCAACCUCUGGGCUGCAGUGAGAGCCAGAGGCUGCCAGUUCCUGGGGCCAGCAAUGCAAGAGGAGGCUUUAAAGCUGGUCCUGCUGGCUCUGGAAGAUGGAUCUGCUCUGUCACGAAAGGUCUUGGUUCUCUUUGUGGUGCAGAGGCUGGAGCCCCGAUUCCCUCAGGCUUCCAAAACUAGCAUUGGGCACGUUGUCCAGCUCCUGUACAGGGCCUCAUGCUUCAAGGUGACAAAGCGAGACGAGGAUUCCUCCCUGAUGCAGCUGAAGGAGGAAUUUCGGACCUACGAAGCUCUGCGGAGGGAACACGACUCCCAGAUAGUUCAGAUAGCCAUGGAGGCAGGUUUACGCAUCGCCCCAGACCAGUGGUCCUCGCUGCUCUACGGAGACCAGUCUCACAAAUCCCACAUGCAGAGCAUCAUCGACAAGUUGCAGACCCCAGCCUCAUUUGCACAGAGUGUUCAGGAAUUAACUAUUGCUCUGCAGAGGACUGGAGAUCCAGCUAACCUGAAUCGUCUGCGACCUCACCUAGAGCUCCUGGCAAAUAUUGAUCCCAGUCCAGAUGCUCCACCUCCAACAUGGGAACAACUGGAAAAUGGACUAGUUGCUGUGAGAACUGUGGUUCAUGGCUUGGUUGAUUAUAUCCAGAAUCACAGCAAAAAAGGAACAGAUCAACAACAGCCCCCUCAGCACAGCAAGUACAAGACAUACAUGUGCCGAGACAUGAAGCAGAGAGGAGGAUGUCCCCGGGGGGCCAGCUGCACCUUUGCACACUCCCAGGAGGAGCUGGAAAAAUUCCGUAAAAUGAACAAACGUCUGGUUCCCAGAAGACCCCUGAGUGCCUCCCUGGGCCAGCUGAACGAGGUGGGCCUGCCUUCAGGAGCUAUCCUCUCAGAGGAGGGGGGAGUGGACUUGCCCAAUAGGAAAACCUCUGCCCUGCCAAAUGGAAUUGUGUCAACAGGCAGCACAGUGACACAGCUCAUCUCUCGAGGGACUGACUCAGGUUAUGAAACUGCUCUGAAGCCCGGGAAGAUGGACCAUCUGAGUAGCAGUGCCCCUGGAUCCCCUCCUGACUUGCUGGAAUCUGUCCCCAAGAGCUCUAUUUCUGCCUUACCAGUGAACCCUCAUCCUGUGCCCCCCCGGGCCCCAGCAGAUCUGCCCUCAGUGUCUGUCACCAAGCAGUUGCAGAUGGUACCACGAGGGUCUCAGUUGUACAAUGCUCAACAAGCAGAUAUGUUUUACCAAGACCCCAGAGGAGCUGCCCCACCAUUUGAGCCAGCGCCCUACCAACAAGGAAUGUACUACCCCACGCAGUCCAUGUCCCGCUUUGUCCGGCCGCCUCCCUCGGCCGCCGAGGCGGGUACCCCGUACCUGGAGCCAUACACGCCGUACCUGCCGGAGCGCGUGGUGAGCCCGCAGUACCCGCAACCGCAGCAGUACCCACCGCUGGCACAGCCCCUGUAUCCCCCGCACUACGACAGCCGCCGUGUGUACCCCCCGGUGCCACCCUACCAGCGCGAGGACGUGGUGCGGGGCAGCCCCGUGCCCAUCGACAUCCCGCCCGCCGCCGUCACCCCCUACGUGCCCGAGGCCAGAGACAGAUACCAGCAAGCAGAAGCGUAUUGCCCGGUGGCUCCGCACCUCGGCCAGAUCAGGCCUUCAUGCCACAGGCCUCAUCCCAGCCUGGAUGAACUUCACCGACGAAGGAAAGAGAUCAUGGCCCAGCUGGAGGAGAGGAAGGUGAUUUCUCCGCCUCCUUUUGCACCGUCGCCAACCUUGCCUCAUCCUUUUCACUCAGAGGAGGUUUUUGUUUUUGUACAGUACUUGGAUGAAGACCUGAAGGUAGCUGGGAAAUACAAAGGAAAUGACUACAGCCAAUACUCCCCCUGGUCCUGUGACACCAUCGGCUCCUACAUUGGAACCAAAGAUGCAAAACCCAAAGAUGUCGUGGCGGCGAGGAGUGUGGACAUGGCGAACGUGGACAGCAAAGCCAUGCGUGAGCAGCGGCUGGACCUGCAGCGCCGGGCGGCCGAGGCUGGCGACGACGAUCUCAUUCCCUUUGGAGACCGACCGACUGUGUCGCGCUUUGGGGCCAUCUCCCGCACUUCCAAAGCCAUGUACCAGAACUCCGGGCCCAUGCAGGCCAUGGCGGUUCAGGGAGCUGCCACCAAAUCCAUAAUUUCAGACUACAGUCCUUAUGGAACUCACAGUGGCUGGGGAGGCUCUCCAUAUUCUCCUCAUCAAAAUAUACCUUCUCAGGGUCGUUUCAAUGACAGGGAGAGGCUGUCCAUGUCAGAUGUGGCUGGUCACGGGAAGCAGUUGCCCUCAGCUGAGCGAGAGCAGCAGCUGCGCAUGGAGCUGCAGCAGGUGGACCAUCAGAUCAGCCAGCAGACGCAACUGCGGGGACUGGAGGCUGUUAGUAACAGGCUGCUGUUGCAGAGGGAGGCGACUACCCUGGCAGGCCAACCACAGCCCCCACCCCCGCCUCCCAAGUGGCCUGGGAUGAUCUCAAGUGAACAGCUGAGCUUGGAGCUACACCAGGUGGAAAGGGAAAUUGGGAAGAGAACCCGUGAGCUGAGCAUGGAGAGCCAGUCUUCACUGGAUGUGAAAAACAAACUGGGCACCGCUAAACAGACUGAAAAUGGACAAUUAGAGCCACAAAGCAAGGUUCCAGCUGAGGACCUCGCACUGACAUUCAGCAGUGAUGUUCCGAAUGGAUCGGCUUUGACACAAGAGAACAUUGGCCUCCUGUCAAAUAAGGCGGCGUCUCUGAGCCUGUCAGAGGAGCCUGAGGGAGGAGGGGACAGCCACGACUCCCAGCGAGCCGGAGUCACACCCACAUCUGCUCCAUGAAGCCAGGCCAGCACACCCCGAGCUCCUCCUGCCAGGGUGGCAGCACCUUCCAUCACGUUUUUUUCCAGGGGUAAUUGGAGAAAGCCAGGAGCAGCAGCAGUAGCAGAGCAGCAGGUCCAGAGGCAAUGUGCACAAACACAACUACUAGAAACAAAUCCUGCACAUAGUUCACAUUAACGCAUUUUUUAAUUAAAAAAAUGAAAAUUAGCAGUAUCUGCAAGCAAUUCAAAUUAAAUUUGUUUUUGUUCUGUGAAUGAACUUUAUUUUAAUAACUUUGGACGCCUUGAAUCCCAGGGCUUAAAAAAAAAGAUAUUAUAUAUAUACUCUGUUUGAUUAAUUGUAUGAUCUUAAUGAAGUAGGUAUUUUCUUUUAUUUUGGUAUUAUUACAUACCCAGUGCAUAAUUCCUUGUCACCUUAAUUUCUCAAUGACUAAAACAAUCUGGCCGCUUCCUUGUGUGGCUUAAGAGUAAACAAGGAAUGAGGGUUGGAGAGUAGCUGUGAAAUUGCAGUGUCAAAAGAUGUGCAGCAAACUUCAUUCUUCCCAUUGUGGCCAGGAGCUGAACCCCAGCUUCUUACUUAAAUCGUUGAAUUUAAACAACAAGUGACAGAAUCCUUGCAAUUCAGCAGGUGUUGUGGUUUGGUUUUUUAAAGGUGGCAUUGUUUAAGGUCUGUAUAUUAGAAAUUGGCACCUGAGAGUCAGCCUGCAGCUUGUCUGUCAGUGCUGCAGUGAAUCCUUCCUGGAUUCUCCUUUCCUAAGGAAAAUAUUGCAUCAAAAUGGCCACUGGAGGUGCAGCACAAAUCCUGCCAGAAGUACUGGGAAGCAAAUUUGCUUGAUAGAUCCAAUGCUUCUCCAAGUAGAUGCUUUGUAAGUAUAAGUUGGAGAAGCCAUCAACCUUUUUUGGUGUUUUCUUUAAAAAUUAAAGAAAUGAAAGAUUUUGUUCUUGCUGCACAUUUUUUGACUCCUUUGACAUACACUGGGGUGAGACCCUGAAUACAAAGAACCCUGGAGAACGAUUUUAAAAUGCUGCUCCCUCUGCACCUUCUUGGCCUGUGUUCUCUUUUUUUUUUUCUGGGUUAGACUACUAAAUGGGAAAACACUGGUUAUGUAAUAAAUUACUGCAUUGCUUUGGUUGGGUAAAGCAAGAGUUAUUGAAUUUUCUUGGGUUUUAGUUUUUUUCCUUAACCUUAACUCCUGCUGAGGUCGUAGCAACCUUGGGCUAAGCUUUGCAUUCAUCAUACUGUUAAAUAAAACAAAAGGGGGGGUGGGAGGGGAUACAGUCCCACUAUUGCCUACCAGUAGGAGAGUCCAAACAGAAGACUCUUUUGAGUAGCAAUUAUUUAAUUUGCCCAGUCAAGGCACCACGUUUAUAUACUAUUUCACAUUGAAUUUGAUUAUGCCCUACAGACCUGGCUGGUCAAGGAUUUGAUACACAUAUUGGCUUGGGAUUCGAGCUUUCUUUUUUAUUUAAAUAAAAAUUUAUAUAUAAAUAUAUAUAUACAUAUAUACAUAGUUAUAUCUGUAUAUAUAUUGAGUAUGUUUUAAGAAUUUUUUCGCAUGAGCGCAGCUGUUGUGAUCAAAUGUCUGGGAGGUAGAAGCACUGAAUUAAAAUAAAGGCAUUUUUCAGCUCACACCCCCACACUCUCCAUAUGUCUUCACAUGGCUUUAUUUCACUCUUAGUUGAACUUUGGCCUCUUCAUUGCCAAGAGUAGUUUGAGGCUUGCUGUGUUUUCUAGCCCCUCCUAACUUUGGGCAAAGAAUCAUCUUUCCACUAGAGCAGCUUCACCUCCAGCUUGUCCCCACCCAUCCGUACCUGCUGCUUGAGGCCAAGCAUUCCCCUGGAGCCCGGCAGGGCUGGGGGGAUGCAGUUGUGAGUCUGUUCCUCCCUUCUCUGCUCUGGCCAGGAGGAUGAUGAAGGUGUUUCCCUGGCUGCCUGCUCCCAAGUCACCUGGCACAGGCAGCCUGCCCUCUCCUCCCAUCAUUUAGUGCAGAGCACCACCCUCAAGUCAGCCUUCUCCUUGGCUUUAAUUAGUUUAUACCUUUCUGCUGUGUCUUUAUUAACACAGGAAGCUCACCUUAGUCGAGAUAAUUAGUGCAAUAUUCUAAACUAGGAGGACAAGCCCAGAAUGUUCCUUUUUUGACUGCAGUAAUUGUGGAUGUAAAAUUAAUUUUCAAAGAUGGUUACAAUAGGUUUGACUCCAACAGAUUUGUUUGCAACACUAGGAAGAAAAUCUGGAGGGCAAAAACCUUUUUACCUUUUAUUUAACUAGUUCCCUUGCCAGAUUAGGGAUUAUUCCUUUCUCCACUUUUUCUACUGGGAGGAAUUCUGCAGUAAGAGCUACUCAGAUUGCUGGCCUGCAUAUGUGAAUGCUUCCAAAACUUGGGGAUUAGAAAAGAGACCUUACUGUUGUUUUGUUUUGUUUUGUUUUCUCCUUCAUCCAGCUGUCCGUGCUGUACUUUGUGCGCAGUGUCCUUGUUGUGAUCAGUGUGUCCAGGUGAAUGCCCUGUUUGCCCAGAAUUAUAGUUUGGCUUGUUAAAUAGUGUGUUUAAUAUCUACUAACAGUAUUGAUUUUUAGCUUUGGUUCUUCCCCUCCUCCUCUUACCCUUUUUCUGCCUUUUUUUUUUUUUCUUUUUGCAGAAGUUAAGUUGAUUAAAACAAGUUGAACAGCAAAGUGCAGUGCAUGCUUUUAAGUCUUUUUCUGAAAACUGCACGUGAAAUGUUCCCUUUUUGUGGAAAAACUGGGAGAACUCAGAGAACAGAGAGCUCUCCAUGCAGUUGGCAGCAUUGAUGGUUACAGCAAAUAAGCUGAGAGUCAAAAUGUCUGGAGUGACUCUCUAUCCUGAUACGGUCAUUGCUAUAGCCCAUCACUGUCCCAGUUGUACGGGAGCGCUGCCCACCUCUGUGAGAUUGGUCUUGGCUACGGAUUGCUUUAGUUGCUUCUACCUGGGCAAGAAGGAACAGUAUUACCAUGGUGUUAGGGCACUGCUGCAUCCUUUGGUAGGUAGGUGGAAUUUCCUACUGCAUCAGACAACUCUUAACCCUCGCUGAUACCUGGGUUCCAGCCCCGGCAUGGACAAACCCCCCCGAACAGAAAACUUCAAGCGGAAGGUUGAGCUUCAGUGCGUCCGUGAUGCAGUCAGUGUAGAAAUGUCUGUUUAUUCUGUAGUGUUACUUUCCUUCUCCUGUCAACAUCUCUUAUUCCUUUCCUGAGACCUAGUUCUGAUUUCUUAAUAGGAGAAAUUUAACCUGUUUCUUCUGCCCCUCUUGCAUGCUGUCCCAUUUCAGAGUAGGACUUGUUUUCUCUAGAUCAGAGCACUUUUCAAGCUUGCAGCACAGUUAUCCCCUUCCUUCUCAGGUUCUUUUCUGUCUUGUUUUUUUCUGAGCCUUCACUCCCUUUUUUUUUUUUUUCCUCCUUUCCUCCUGUGGCUUGCCCAUCGACCCUCCCUGAUUGUGUAACAGUGACAGCUUGCUGCCUCAAAACAGAGCAUUCAAAUGAAUUCGCUUAGCCAAUAACUUCUGUGAAGUUGCCUUUUCUAAUGGUGUUAUUACUCAGUGAUGCACAAAUGUGAUAUUGCCCCUACUGGUAGGCAAACGGGGGAUCUGUAUAAACAUGGUAAACUGCUGUUUUCUUUAAAGGAGAGCCAAAGACUUGUGCUUUACACUUUUUUUUUUCCCCUGAUGUAGCCAUUUUGAUUGUCAAGCGUUUGUAGGGUAUCGUGAGUUGACUGUAUUAUCCUAAUAACAAUUUCCAGAAGUAAAUGAUUGUCAAGCCUUGCCCAUGCAUUCAACUGUGGAAAAUCAUUCCAUUGAGUCAUACAAUUUGCAAUGUACUGAGAUGUAUCUGGGGUGUUGUGAUGUACUUUCAGUCUCUCAUGCACUCUCUCAGCUGAUGGAAUGGCUCAUUUGGAGAGGGAGAAGGAACACAGAAAUCUCAUAAUCCAAGAAGCCUUGUCUUUAAGUGUUUAAAUCUAAAUUGAAUACUGAUGGAAAACCUCUUCAGUUACAUUAAAAGAUAAAUCUGUGUUACAAAUGUGACUGACUUUUAAACCCAUUGGAACCGGAAAGACUUAUCAAACUUUAGCAUUACAUUAAAUUAGAAGUGCAAGAA